GUCUGCCCGCUUUACAUCCUGACUAAAUAUGCAUGCAUUGGAUUAAAUCUGUAAUCACUAUUAUUAUUUUGCAAGUUGUUUGGGAAUCUGACAUCUGCAAGCCUGUGCGCCCUAUUGAAAAAAAAAGGGAACACACUCGUAGGUCCGCAGCGCCACUGGGAUGCAAGCGUUAUGCAGCUUUCACAGCGCGGAUCUCGCCGAACCUUGGACAGCGAAGAAGGGGGAAGACUUGCAGCCAGCCGGCUCACUGUGUGACUGCGAGGCAAGCCGCCCAGGCAGCACUUCACAAACUGCAGUUGACAUGGAUGAUGAAGAUGGAAGGUGCCUCUUAGAUGUUAUUUGUGACCCCCAGGCCCUCAAUGAUUUCUUACAUGGAUCCGAAUCGCAGCUGGACAGUGAUGAUCUCUUCGGGGGUUCAGGGAACCCCGCUGGCUCCUUCUUUGUGGGCUCUGGGCACCACAUCCAGGAGCCACGCUGCUCCACCCAGCUGCUAGCCAGCGAGCACUCAUCCGCGCCCAGCGCCAGCGUGGACCUCGACUUCCUGGAGGAUGAUGACAUCCUGGGCUCUCCGCAUGGGGGGGGCAUGCCCGGCUCGGACCAGCCCUGUGACAUCCUGCAGCAGAGCCUGGCCGAGGCUAACAUCACAGAGCAGAGCCUGCAGGAGGCUGAGGAAGAGCUGGACCUGGAGACCUUCGGGCUGCCCAACCUCCCCGAGGGGACCCCCCUGCCCCCCGCCGCCCCCGCUCAGCUCUUCCAGGGCCUGGCGAAUAAAGCGAUAAACAUGCAGCCGUUGAUGCAGCAAAUGGGGCUGGGGAACGUCACCCUGCAGUCCCUUCAGGGGCUCCAGGCCCUGCCCAACGGGGGCUCGGGAGUGGGGGGACCCCUCGGCGGACCUCUGGGGAUCAGCCAGAUUCAAGUGGUGGGCCAGCAGGUGAUGGCUAUUCACCAGACCGGGCAGCCCGUCCUGACCAAGUCGAUGGGCGGCUAUCAGCUGGCCCCCCAGCAGUGCGCCCCCCAGCCCCCGGACUCCCUGCAGCCUCUCCAGGGCAAGCCCCCCGGGGGGGCCCUGAACGGGGGCUUCGGGAACGGGCCGGGCCCCCCGUCCCAGUGCAGCUCCCUCCUGCAGCCUCAGAACAUUGUGAUCCAGCGCACGCCCACCCCCAUCCAGCCCAAACCCCCUACCGGGGGGGUGAUCCAGCCCAAGAUCUACCAGCUCUCCCCCAAGACCAGCUUCUCGGCUGGGGGGGCGGGGCCGGGGGGCCAGGCUAGCACCCAGGGUGGGGUCCCGCUCUCUGCUCUGCAGGGGGAGGGUGGGCAGAAGCAGCAGCAGCAGAAUGUAGCUGUUCUGGCAGGCAAACCAGGGCAACAGAACUUGGUGUUUUCCACGCCAGGAGGAGCAUUUCCUCAAGCCUUGUCUGCCAGCUUGUUCAAGCACCAGCAAGGUCCCCAGCAGCAGCAGCAGAACCAGAACCAGAACCAGAACCAGAGCCAGCAGAGCAAACCCCUGAGCCUUCAUCUCCUCAACCAGGCUGGCAGCAUCGUCAUCCCGUCCCAGGCCAUGCUCCAGGGGCAGAGCCCCUUCCUGCUGCCCCCGCACCUCUCCUCCGCCCUGCAGGGGGGGGGCCAGAUCCUCGCCCAUCACCCCGGGGGGGGCCACAUCAUCGCCAGCCAGGGCCCCGGCGGACAGCUGAUUGCCAACCAGAUCCUCUCCAACCACCAGAGCCUGGCCGGACAGCUCAACCUGGGGCAAGUGCUGGCGUCGCAGGGGCCCCAGGGCCACAUCCAGCUGUCGGGCCCCAUCCAGCUGCAGGGGGGGGGGCAGGCUCUGUUCCAGAUGCCGGUGUCGCUGGCUGGGGGCUGCCUGCAGACUCAGUCGGGCGCUCCAGGAGCAGGAAGGGGCAUGACUGUGCCCUGCCCAGCGCUGACCGUCCUCAACCAGUCUCCGGAGCCCAGCGGUCAAGCGCUCGCGUCCCAGCAGCCCCGUCACCAGCGGUCUGAUUCCGCACUGGCCGCCGGGUUAAUGACUGGGGGCAGCAGUGACCAACAGCCCCCCCCUCCCCCCCCCCCUCCUCUCCCUGCCUCUAUGCUGACAGCACAGAUCCCUUCCCCCUCGCCGUCGUCUUCUUCGUCAUCAGCGGUGUCCUCGUCCUCCGCUCAGCCCCUCCAGAUCUCCGCUGUGCACCUCCAGCAGCCCCCCUCCCUGCACAGCCCCGGCCAGAUCAUCAUCAGCCAGCAGGGGGCAGGCAUGGUCCUCAGCCAGGAGUCAGUGCAGCUGUUCCUCCAACAGCAGCAAGCUCUCUUCCAGGCAGCAGAGAAAGGCGUUAGCCCCGCCUCCAGCUGUGUCCCCGCCUCUGUCAUCGUCAGCAGCAGCUCUGGCCCCUCCCCCUCCAGCCGGGAGAGCCUAUCAGCCGAGGCUAGACCUGGACAAGUCUCCGCCUCCUUCGGCUCUCCACACUCUGCAGCGCUGGUGUACCAGUUUGAUUACUUCCCAGCUUUCCUGACACCCGACAACAGCAGCCUUAUCACUCUCCACCAUCACUCCAUUCACCAACCCUUUGUCGCGCCUCUAGGUCUGCGAUCGAGCAAUCCGGAGAGUUCCCACAACGCUACGUGUGCACCUAAAAGACGUCACCCCCCCCUUGGAAGCCGGCUCCAGGUAAAGCCCCCAAAGGAGCGACUGUCCGCUUUUUCGAAUCCUCACGUCGAGCUCCCCCAGCCGGACGGAUGUCGCCCUGGGCCAGUUGCAGAGGUCCCGGGGGUCGAGGGGCCGGAUAACCACCCGGGGGGGUCCCCCCAACCCCAAUCUCAGCAGCAAGGGGGUGCCUCCGGCCCUCCCGCCUCCGUACAAUCCCCAGUCUUGAGACCCCACUCCCAGUCCCCCUACCAGCUAACCCCCGCUUCCCAACCAGAGCACCGGGCAGUGGGGUCCCCCAGCCCGCUGCAGCUGUCUCGUUGUAUCUUUAGGCCGGUAAAGCCCGAGGGUCCCCAGGUCCCGAGAGUCGGGGGAUCGGAGGAGGGGAGCCAGCCUGCCCAAAGCGUGUCGGGAGGGAACGUCGUCUCUGCCGUCGCAGACUACCUGUGCGUACACGCAGGUCCACUGAACCUGCAGCUGGUGGAGGCGCAGCUGCAGACCCUGUCGACCAUCGCACAGCCCUCCCUGCUAUACCGCACGUCCCCGUUGCGAAUCGACCGGCAACCCCCGUCCCCCGGAAGUCGGAUCCACCGGUGUGACUACGACGCCCGUCUGAGGGUCUCUCCUGCGAGGCAGACCGAAGGAAAGCUAUUCGCUGGGGGGGUGCAGAUCAAACAGGGGCCCCUCCCGCAGAGCGUGCAGCUGGGAUCCGUGACGACGCCCUUCACUGCACCGCCCAGUAAAGAAGCUCGGAUGCUGGAGCAGCUCCGCAGACAGCAGGGGGCAGUGUUGCACCCUGAUUAUCAGUCUCCCUUCAGCACCUUCGGGGAUGCUCUGCAAAGAUUGCUCCCCUACCACCUGUACCAGGGGACCCCCUCAUCGGGCAAGGACUACACCAGAGUGGAUGAGGAGUUUCAUAGUGUCUCUGUUCAGCUUCUCAAGCGCACCCAGGCCAUGCUCAACAAAUACAGACUGCUGCUGUUUGAGGAGUCCAGGCGCCAGGGCCCCUCUGCGGAGAUGGUGAUGAUUGACAGAAUGUUUAUACAGGAGGAGAAGACGGCUCUAUCUCAGGACAAAGUGCUGGCCAAGGAGAGACCAGACGAGUAUGUGCUUCCUUCCUGCGUCACACAGAGCCUCUCUACCGCUUCCUCCUCCUCCUCCUCUCGCCCGCGGCCUCCUGCCUCUUCCAGCCCCCUCUCCAGAAGUGCCACAGCCCCGCCUCUGAUCACACCCACCAAGCUGGUCAUCAAACAUGGCGGGGGGGCGUCGCCCUCGGUCUCCUGGGCCCGGGCUGCGCCCCCUCCCUCUGUGACAUCAUCGCCGGGGGGCGGAGAAGCGGACUCCUUGCCCUCCCGGAGCAGCAGACCCCCGAUGAAGACCUACGAAGCUCGCAGGAGGAUUGGGCUGAAGCUGAAGAUCAAGCAAGAGGCCGGCUUGAGCAAAGUGGUGCACAACACGGCGCUGGACCCCAUUCACACCCCUGCUAGCUCCCCCAAAACGCACGCGCCCGGCAGCUCGGUCAUCCGGACUGUCAGCAACAGCACCCCGGCCACGUCCACGGCGACCGGCACGCCCACGGUGAUCACGGCCACACAGGUCAACGGGACCCUGGGCCACCCGGUGGACAGGAAGCAGCCCACGCCUACUUCCUGCCGGCUCCCGCUGCGCAAGACGUAUCGGGAGAAUGUGAGCCCGGUGCGGCCGGGGGCUGAGGAGGGGAAAGGAGAGGGGUUUGGACACUUUGGGGGCCCCUCCCAGCCCCAAAACACGACCCCCACGACCCUGACACCCACUCCCAUCCCCACCAGCACCACCUCGACUACCUUCACCCCCCAGCCCAGGAGACUCCAGACACAGCAGCCAGCGUUAUUAGAGGAGGAGGAGAGAGGAAGAGGGGGGGGGUUGGACAGGGGCAGCAGGACUGUCAUUGCCACAGUGAGGCUGGAGAAGAAAGGGGCUCUGAUAUUCGGGAAGGACCGGGAGAGGCAGGACGAUGCAGCUGGCUUCAGGAAGCAGCUUUCUGGAGAGGAGGGGGAAUUCUACAGGACAGCGAUCAAGCAUGAGCCCCUCGACCACUGCAGCCCAGGCGGGGGGUUCAUAAACACACACCCAGGCUUCUCCGGCCCUGCCCGGGCUCGGGGAGUGGGACUGGGGGGGUCCCCUGAGGGGGAGGGGAGGGGCAUCUCGUGGGACAGCCCCUUCUCCAGCGUGGCCAAGCGGCGCAAAUCGGAGUCUCUGGACGUAGACAACGCCAGCUUCUCCAGUGGCAGCCCCCCCCAGGACGACUCUCUCAACGAACACCUGCAGAGCGCCAUCGACUCCAUCCUCAACCUGCAGCAGGGACAGGGGCCCCCCAGAGCCCAGCCCGGCCCCUGCAGGGGCCCCUCGAACACACACAGGCAGCAGCAGUCAGCUGCAGAGCCCGCUUACCCCCCCACGAGCCACAACGGGGGAGUGGACAAGGCAAGGACGUAUCGCAGAUAAUAGAGGCACAGCGGGGUCCGGCCGUCUCGCUGUCUGUGUGACAUUUGGCUCCCUGCUCAUUUGUUGUUAUUUUGUUAAUGAUGUGGACAGUGUCCCUGAACCAAGGGAGGACAGGAUCAUCCAGAAUGUUUACUUUUUAUCUAUUGUUCCCGCUUCAAAACUGAAGAACUGGACUGGGUCACACAGAGAGACACACAGAGACACACACAGAGAGACACACAGAGAGACACACACAGAGAGACACACAGAGACAC